CGCCGCUCGCCGCCUGUUGAUCUCGCAUGUAGUUCCCCGCGCGACUUCGCGUCCCUUCGUCGCGACCGCGCUUGCCGCAGCCGGUGGUACUUGGAGACCGCGAGCCCACGCCGGAAGGCGAGAUGAACGCGCUGGCCAAGCGAGCCGUCCGGACCUGCGAUCGCUUGUGGCAGCCCGAACCAGCGCUCCUGCCCCCGGGGUGACGCGCAGGCCGCAGCCGCCCAGAAAUAUGGCUCCAGGCCAAGUGUCCCAGCAGCGGCUCCCCUGGUGGGAUGCCCACCCCUUCUUCCUCCUGUCCCCACUGAUGGGCCUGUUCAGCCGGGCUUGGAGCCGCUUGAGAAGUCCAGGACCUCCAGAGUCCUGGUUGGUGGAAGCAGUAAUCAGAGCAGAUCAGGAAGAAGCUAAGGCUUCUCUGGCCGCCCACCAUGGCCCUAAGGGCAGGCACCCUCAAGGGGAGACUGGAGAGAUCCGAGCAGCUGAGGAGAAUGGGGAAACUUCCUGGGGGGCCUGCCCAGACCUGGAAGCUGGUGGUUCUCUUCUUGAAACCUGGGGACUUUCAGAGGCUGCUGCUGAGCCUGGUAGGGGAAAAACAGCCAGUGUCCCCAGAGAGCAGGGAAGUGACUGUAUAGGGGGCCACGCUGCUCCUCUGCCUCCCAAGCUUCUGAUAAGAACCCUGGAAGACCCCGGGGAGGAGGAGUCAGUGGAAGAAGGAGCUCUUGAAGAUAAAGAAGGGAGCAUGUUCUCUUUUCCUGCAUCGCCCUCGGAGAGUUGUCCAGGGGUGGCGGAGGACAUAGAAGAUGGAGCAGCUGUACAUAAAGAAGCUCCUCAAACAUCUACUUCUUCCUUAGCGCCAGGAUCCAAGCUCAGAGCGUGGGUGUAUUGUCCAGUGGAGGAAGAGGGUGGAGGCACAGAGGAAGGAAGGACAGAAGACAAAGACACCACGAAGACCGCCAUUUCUGCUUCUGCUGUGGACUCUCACCCCAGAGCCUGGGAAUGUGGUCCAGGAGAGCAGUGUAAGGAGAAAAAGGACGAAAAGGCUGAGGAAGAAGAAGCUGACCCAGGGCCACACUCCUCACUUCUAGCCCCGAGGCCCCUGCUGAGGUCCUGGCAGCAUCGACCCAGUGAGAGCUCAGUGGAAGACGAUGAGGAGGAGGAGGACAGUGUUCCUGGGGCAGGCAGGGGUCUCACUCCCGUCCCCCUGACAAGUUCCAUCGUGAAGGCCUGGGUCUACCGGCCAGGAGAGGACACAGAGGAGGAGGAGGACAAUGACUCAGGAGCAGCUGAAGACUGGGGAGAAACUGAGAGUCUCUCUUCAGUGCCCCCCACAAGUGCCUUCUUGAGGGCCUGGGUCUACCGGCCAGGAGAGGACACGGAGGAGGAGGAGGACAGUGACUCAGGAGCAGCUGAAGACUGGGGAGAAACUGAGGGUCUCUCUUCAGUGCCCCCCACAAGUACCUUCUUGAGGGCCUGGGUCUACCGGCCAGGAGAGGACACGGAGGAGGAGGACAGUGACUCAGGAGCAGCUGAAGACUGGGGAGAAACUGAGAGUCUCUCUUCAGUGCCCCCCACAAGUGCCUUCUUGAGGGCCUGGGUCUACCGGCCAGGAGAGGACACGGAGGAGGAGGAGGAGGACAGUGACUCAGGAGCAGCUGAAGACUGGGGAGAAACUGAGGGUCUCUCUUCAGUGCCCCCCACAAGUGCCUUCUUGAGGGCCUGGGUCUACCGGCCAGGAGAGGACACAGAGGAGGAGGAGGAGGAUGAAGAUUCAGAAGCAGCUGACUCAGAGCCAUGUCCCUGCCUGCAGGCCCAGAGUGUCCUCCGCGGGGGCUGGCCACACGGACAUGGAGAAGACAGGGAGGGCGCGGGAGCUGCUGAGGAGUGGGGAGGACCUGAGCCCGACGCCUUCCCCGUGGCCAUCUACCUACCUGGCGAGAAGCCCCCGCCUCCCCCAGCUCCUCCUCGGCUGCCCCUCCGGCUACAAAGGCGGCUCAGGCCUGCAGAAACCCCCACCCAGCAUCCGGAACCUGAGACUCCCCCAAAGGCCAGAAAGGUGCGCUUCUCUGAGAAGGUCUCUGUCCACUUCCUGGCUGUCUGGGCAGGACCGGCCCGUGCAGCCCGCCGGGGCCCCUGGGAGCAGAUCGCCCGGGAUCGAAGUCGCUUCGCCCGCCGCAUUGCCCAGGCCGAGGAGGAAUUAGGCCCCUGCUUUACCCCAGCAGCCCGAGCCAGCGCCUGGGCCCGCCUCCAGAACCUUCCCAGCUGUCUGACUGACAUACCUGUCCCUAACCAGACCUUGCCCACGUCCACCGUCCAGGCCACGACCCUGAGCCAAGCUGUGGCCUCAGCCUCCCCUCCUUGUAUGUCUGCCUCUCCUUGCCUGAACCUCAGUGGAAGGCGUGGCUAAGAUCAAGUGGUUUGUCUGUUAUUAACUGUUUAUUUAUUUAAAUUAUUGAUUAUUGGUUUAUAUACAGAAUAAAGCCUUUUGAUUAGUAGAGAACAGUGUCACGUGUUUCUGAACCAACAGUAUCCACUACUUGAAGGUCCCAAAGCAUAAAUGCAGGUGCCUCAAAUGGAAGAUAAACGACAUCUCCCAUCGUCCUCCAGAUUUGCCGCUUAUCAUCCUAAGGCUUCUUUCAAACUAAAGGCUGGUAUGCUUUGUUGUUUUCCUUUGGCUUCCACCUAAUCUUUCUUUGCCUUCCUCAUCUAAAUCUCAUUAUACUUGGAACAAUUGUCUACAAAGGGGCCAGACUAGACUCGCUGACCCCUAAAAAAAGAAAGAAGCUCCAGUUUUCUGUGCCUCUCUGGAAUAAAAAGACUCAUCUACCACCUUCACAUGAGACCUCAAGGAUCGCAGCUACCUAACCUCACAAGCCCAGUGUCAAGAGAGUCUUACAUGUAAUGUGUAACUAAUAAUUGCACAGGGCCUGAAGGGAUUGUAAGGCCCCAAAGGAGAGGAGUAUUUCAAACAAUGCUCAUCAGAUAAUGCUACAUAAGUGUUAGAUAGUAUGGUAAUUAUUCUCAUUCUCACCUAUGCCUGUCUUAAGGCCAUCCUUAGGGACUCCCCCAGCUUAUAACUCUUUAAUCAGUACCUCUGUGCUGCGGUUCAAGACUGCCUCCCAAAUCCUGCACCCUCAUCCAACCAUUCCCCUCAUACCCUGUCCCUGUCCUUUGGAUCCCCAGGCCUGCCACACUCCUUUCACUUUCCCAAACUAACCAUGUCCCCCCAUUCACUUUAAGACCUCUAGGAGCUGUGCCUACAGCCUGAUGGCCCUUCCCCCUGGCCCCUGGGGCUCAGCUAGCAUGUGAUUCUUCACAUAUUGUAUGAAAAUCUUUUUUACAGAUGCCUUGCUCUAACCAGUCAACCUGGUCUUCCAUGUGCUUUUCUCCUUCACCGAGGGUAGUGUUUUGAAUGUUGGUGGUGGAAGUUCUAUCUCAUGAUCGGUUGUGAGUCUCAAGGGAGCUGGUGCUGCUGAACAGCUCACAGUCUAGAGACAGGAUUGGGCACCCCAGUCCUCAUCUAGUAAGAGCUGGUUAUCAGGAAGAUGGUGCAAAAGAGUGUGCUGGGGCCCAAUAAGAUGCACAGAUGCUGGUGAGAGUAUAUUUCAUUGGAUUACUCACAUGCCAGCUUCCCAUCAAAACUAGACAGGCAGAUGGCAAAGGCUUGGAGUGGACAAAGCGGAAAGCUGAAAUCCAUAGUGAACGAAUCCGAGGAGACUCGACCAAACUGGAGCACCAGGGAGU